GCGCCGGGCAGUCCGGCGGGCGGGCGGGCGGUGGGAGAUGGCGGAGUAUCUGGCCUCCAUCUUCGGCACCGAGAAGGACAAGGUGCGGAGGAUUUCCCCGACUGCUGCAUCCUGAUCCUCAGGCUUCUGCCUGCAGCCUUCCACGCGUCGGGAACGCCUCUAGCUUCUCUGGUUGUUGGAAGCGUACUUACCAAACCCUCCUAACGAAAAUUUGGUCACCGUCGGCCUGACCAAACCAACGUGUUUUUCCGCUCGUAAAAAUGAAAAGGGGCAUCGAUGUGCUUGCUACUGGACUAAAUUGCUCUUGUCAGCCCCUGCCCGCGGGGCUUCUGUUUUCCUUCUACUUGGUAGCGCUUCGUGCCAGUUCCAAUUCACUCGUCUGUCAGAAAAACAGUAUUGGCAGCCUCUCUUGAGCUCUAUUGCCGUAGCAUCUUUUCUGUUACAUUCCAUUAGCAAUAUGGCCACACAGCAGUCACGACACUCCUGCACUUGUUUCAUUUUCCAUUCAAAAAGCAAGCAGAACUCUCCAGAAAGUGUUGAAGUCAGAGAGUCAACUGUUCAUUUUAUUUCAAAAUUGGAGCUUGUCGUCACGGAGACAGAUGUUCUCGGUUGCACAACAAACCAACAUUUAGCCAGGAAGCGAUGCUGUUGUAAGCUUGCCUGUAGUAGAGACCAGCCAGUGCUAACUUUCAGGCUAAAACAUAGUUAUUUUAAACCUGGGCCGCAGAAGCACAAAGCUUUGACCAUCUUGAUUCAAAACAUCUAUCGUAACCCCCAAAACAGUGCACAGACGGCUGACGGCUCACACUGUGCUGUGAGCGAUGUUGAGAUGCAGGAACAUUAUGAUGAAUUCUUCGAGGAGGUCUUCACAGAAAUGGAAGAAAAAUACGGUGAAGUUGAGGAGAUGAACGUUUGUGAUAACCUUGGAGAUCAUCUAGUUGGAAAUGUAUACGUAAAGUUUCGCCGUGAAGAAGAUGCAGAAAAGGCUGUGAUUGACCUGAACAAUCGCUGGUUUAAUGGACAGCCCAUUCAUGCUGAGCUUUCACCUGUGACUGACUUCAGAGAGGCCUGUUGCCGUCAAUAUGAAAUGGGAGAGUGUACACGAGGAGGUUUCUGCAACUUUAUGCAUUUGAAGCCCAUUUCUCGAGAGUUAAGACGCGAGUUGUACGGACGGCGUCGUAAAAAGCAUAGGUCCAGGUCGAGAUCCCGUGAACGUCGGUCUAGAUCCAGAGAUCGUGGUCGUGGAGGUGGUGGUGGAGGAGGAGGAGGACGUGAACGUGACAGGAGGCGGUCAAGAGAUCGUGAAAGAUCUGGUCGAUUCUGAGCCAUGCCAUUUUUACUGUAUGUCUGCUAGAAAGUGUUGUAGUUUGACCAAACAAGUUCAUAACGAGAUUUUUUUUAAAGAUGGGCUUCUGAAUAAAAAAUUUGUAGUGAUACAGUA